AUGUCUAAAGACGGCUUCAAAUUAACGGUGUCUGACGGAGCGGCUUUUAGCGGGAAUGUCGUUCUAAGAUGUUAUGUGCGUGUGUGUAUCGGGGUGCACAGACAUGGAAGUGUCCUUCUCAGUCAGCUUUUAUUGCUAGUUGAUGAUGAUGAUGAUGAUGAUGGUGAUGAUGAUGACCAUGGUAAUGUUGACGAUGAUGACGAUGUUGGCAAGACUAACCCGGAAAUACGGGUCAUAGAACCAGAGUUUAACCCAGUGCCCGACGUCCUAAGCUACUACAGCGGAGACACAGCCCGACUCUUCUGUUCGGUCAGCAAUUUAGGAGAAAGAACAAUUGUUUGGCGGAAAAUGCCGAACCCUAGUCCGCUAACAAUCGGAACGACGGUUUGGAUUGACGACAAAAGAUUGUCUAUUGACAGAGUCUACCAAACUCAACAGUGGAAUUUGGUCAUUCGUGACGUCACGAGAGAGGAUGCCGGGAAAUACGAAUGUCAAAUUAGCAUGAUCAAAAGAAAACUACGACAAUAUAUUUUAUUAAAAGUUAAAGAUGAUCCAGUAAAGCGGAAUCCAGAUUUACAUAUAACUGGGACGUCGUUAGUAGAAAAUGGCGGUGUGGUUAGACUAUACUGUAACGCCAGUUUCGCCGGCGUUAGGACGUUUCGGUUGGAGUGGUUUAAAGACGGGGACGUGAUCAUAGCAGACGGGUUUCGAAUAUCAAUAAGCCCCUUCGGUGAACCCCUCAAUUCGAGGAAAAGUAGUUUGUUACAGAUUCACAGAGCAAACGUUGACGACUCAGGGAUUUAUUUGUGUCGAUCCAAGCCCUACAAUAAAAUGACAUCUGUGCAAGUCCAUGUGAUGAAUGCAGGCUCCAAUAACGUGAAGCGAGGUGAGUAUUUGCAGGUAGUGACGCCGUCCUCCCCGCGGCUCGACUCACAGCUCGUUGCGUCCGGAUCAAUGGGAUUGGAAAGCAGAGCGGUCGGUCUCUUACCAGGAGAAUUAUAUCAUCUACUGUCUUUGAUAGCAAUUAUUACCACACGUUUGACCGUUUCGUGAUAUACGCAUUUCACAAAGUGUUUAGUGCACAUAUUUACACUCUCCAUUACCUCGUAGACCAUUAAUCAGAGAGUGUAGUAAUCUGGUGUGCUUCGAGUUGAAAGCUGUUCGACAGGAGGAUUUUUUAAAGGUUUUCGAUGACCAAAGCAAAUUGUAUACAACUAUUUGUAUGUUGAACUCGAUAUAUCAAAAGCCAUUCAACCUGCAGACUUUUAUCCAGAGAGUACAUUAAUUUGGUUGUUCCAAGUUGAACGGUGUUUGACGGGGUUUUAGGAAUUUCGAUGACCAAAUUAAACUGUAUACACCUGUCUGUAUCUCGAAGUCGAAAUUUCGGAAUUAAUUCAACUUGCAGGCCAUUUACCAGAACAUAGGACGUUGAUGUGUUUCGAGUCGAAAGAUGUCCGACCGGUUUUAAGGAUUUUGAUGACCAAGUACAACGUUUGGUAUCUCGAACUCGAUAUAUCAGUAUCCAUUAUCGUUAUUUACCCAGGGAAAAGAGAUUCAAAGACCUUGAUUUCAUCGUCUGUAUUUAUCUAAUGUAUUUAUAGUUUUCACAAUGUGAAAGAUAUGUUUUCUUAUAACUUGCAUUCAAUAUGUGCGUCAUUCGACAUAAACAUUGAUCAUUUUUAGAUUUGUAGACAUCGAUUUCAUUCCACUGUUGUCUUCGAGAUAUUACAGGUAUUCAAGAUUUUGUUACGUAUAUAUCCAUGCGAUUAACUAAUACAUGACGAAAUAAUGAUGGACGAAACAAAAAGUUUAGGAUCCAAGACUUCGUGAUAAACAUACUGUGUUAAUAUAUUGAGAUAUGCUUCAACCGGAAUCGUUCUGUGCAGUGGAAGUCAUCCUAUAGACAAACUCAUGGUAAUGGUCCAUGGAAGAAGUAGCGACUUUGUCACAAUACCUCUCGUGCAGGUAUACAAUUUUGGUUGCGAUAACUGUGUUGUUUGGUGUUCGGUUUCGGUGACUGUAUUUUUCAUCAAUAUUUUGGGCUAGUGCAAUUUUAACAAUGAAUGAUCUCAUUCGCCAGGAGGAAUGACAAAAUGAUUAGAAGAGAGGUUUUUCAGUCGGGUUUCUUUUCUUCUUUGUAUUUUUUUUUUUUUUUUUUUUUUUUUUUUUGAUAAGAAGAAAGAUGGACUGUGUAAUAAUAGAUGAAAUACUGUGUGUCAUUUUUACAACACCUUUUUUAAAAUACCUAGUUUAUUGCUAGUCUCUCAGUGGCCCCACAUUUAAUAAUAAAAACAUUGUGUAAAAUGUAAAUAUAUAUUAAUUAUUGUUGCAUGAUCAAGUAGGAUUUCAUAGAAGUGUCCAGAUAUAUCAUUGGAUUGCAUAAUCGAUUUCAAACAUAAAAAAUAUUUUCUUAUUGGCAAUGAAUGUUUAUAAAACGUUUUAAUAAGUAUACUGAAUUAUGUUUUGUAAAUACUUGAGGUUGUUUUCAGCUUGUUUUGACCGUUCAGCUAAUCAGAGAAAAUCGUA